AUGUUGCGAUAUCUGUUGGUGCCUUUGUGCGUAACGUUGUAUUGCCUGGCGAUGGAUCCGUCUGACACUACUAACGUUUUGCAAGGCAAGUCACUAUGCGAUAAUGAUCAGAAUAUGAGCGCGAUCCAGCAACUGCUGUGCGCGUACCGAACCAAUCAGCGUAUGAUACCGGGACAGCAAAUAAUUUACAUCAACACACCGCAGCAAUGGAAAGCGCAUAACUCUGUCAAUCUCAUAGAUAAAGCAGGAAGCGAUUACCUCAUUACACCUGGCAUAGGCGCUCAUAAGCUUUACAUUCGCAAACUACCGUGGAACCGCGCUCGUAGAAUUUGCGUCCAGGAAGGGGGUCACUUGGCCAUUAUCAACUCCAAUUCGGAGGAGAAGCUACUGCUACGCAUUUUAGAGGAGAACAAGAUCGGCACGGCGUGGCUCGGUGUGCACGAUUUAUACGAAGAGGGUGAUUGGAACACGAUUCUCGACGAGCCCAUGGAGUCAUCGGGUUACGCGAAGUGGACCACGAAAUUCGAUGAACAACAACCCAACAACUAUGGCGGGAAGCAGCAUUGCGGACUCCUUCUGAAGGAAGGCGGCAUGAACGAUGCCGAGUGCACCGACGGGGUCGCCUUCAUCUGCGAGAUCAAUUUCUGA